CAUUUGGGGGAUAUCUGUACUGUCCUGACAUUUGGGGGAUAUCUGUACUGUCCUGACAUUUGGGGGGAUAUCUGUACUGUCCUGACAUUUGGGGGGGAUAUCUGUACUGUCCUGACAUUUGGGGGAUAUCUGUACUGUCCUGACAUUUGGGGGAUAUCUGUACUGUUCUGACAUUUGGGGGGAUAUCUGUACUGUCCUGACAUUUGGGGGAUAUCUGUACUGUCCUGACAUUUGGGGGAUAUCUGUACUGUUCUGACAUUUGGGGGAUAUCUGUACUGUCCUGACAUUUGGGGGAUAUCUGUACUAUUCUGACAU